AUGUCUAAACAAAGUGACAUCGAAGCAGACAGUACGAAGGGAUCCCUGCAUGAAGAAUCUAUUAUUGACGUAGAUGAAAACGUGACUUCAGCUGAUCAGAAGGAAGAUUCGGACAACGAGGACAUCAACAAAUCUGGCUGGUCUUUUAUACGGUAUUUCAUCAUUGUCAGCCUGUUCGUCCUUCUUGCAACAGGCGGCAUCACCUUGUAUUUAACUGUGUUCAUGACACGAAAACAGCUAUUGUCUGCCAUAGAGGAGAAUUCCACUUUUUCAUUUAAAGAAAAUGUACCCGGACAAUUUAUUAUCAAAGAGACUGUUUGCCCUGCCAACUGGACAUAUUAUAACCGGAAGUGCUACAUGUACAGCUCCACGCCUGUGCAUAGUUCAGACGCAAAGGAAUAUUGCGCGGAUUUAGACGCAGCCCCCCUUGUUAAUGAUAGCAAGGAGGCGAAAAAUGUUCAAGAAUUCAUGAAUACCCAAAUAAACAGAUAUAUAGGAUGUUGUAUUGCCGAACGUGAAAUGCUUGCUCUCGACUUUGGCUUUCUUGAUGACCCAUUAGAGGAUGGACAAGAUGAACAUACGCCACAUUCAUUGACUUCUGUAAAGAGUCUUGCAGACGACAAAUCAAGUACAGAUGGUGUUACACAGUCAGCGUUAAAAUCCGAUAGGGCUUUCUUCAUUGAUCCAGAGAUAGAAGAAGAUGAAAUGCAUUCGCUGCCACACACAACUAAAAGUACUGACACAAAGAUGGCGUCGAUCAGUAACUCUUUGCCUACUCCCACUUCCAGUUACGGAUUUUGGUUAGGCGCCGGACACCCGCAUAACCAUGGCACUGUAACGGAAGCCGUAGACGAAAAUUCCACUCCUAAUCACCAUCAACCAACAGUUCAUAGCAAUGUAAAAUUAGAAGACGGUGGACUAGAGCAAGACAGCGACAAAACAAAGACAACCAAAUCACAAGUUAAUCAAGGCGCCAGUGGAGAAAUGAAGGCAAUAAAGAAUGAGGCUUUAUUUUUAUACUGUAGGCGUCUCGGGUACUUUUUUCAUGAAUGGCAAUAUGUUGGUUGUAACAGAAGUUUUAUACAAAUCUGUGAGAGAAAUCCUUAACCGGAAAUUGGUUUGAACACCGACAUUAUGCCCAUCAUAGGGUAAAUGGUGAGUGCACAAGUGGAAU